CGUCUGCUCACAUUGAACGGUUGUGCUCUCUGCGGACAUGCUCGCGCUCGUCUCUCUGUGUAUCGUGGUCGUCGUGUGGUGGUUAGCUACAGCCCGCAGGGACUCCAAGAGCCUCCCGGGUCCCCGUCCGUGGCCGAUCAUAGGAAGCCUUCACGUACUCGGCGGCUACAAGUCACCGUUCGAGGCCUUCACCGCACUGAGCAAAGUCUACGGUGACAUCUUCGGCAUCAGCCUGGGGCCAGCUCAGUGCGUGGUCGUCAACAAUUUCCGCCUCAUCAAGGAGGUCCUCAUCAACAAGGGCGGCGAUUUCGGCGGCAGGCCCGACUUCCUCAGGUACCACAAGCUCUUCGGGGGAGACAGGAACAAUUCACUCGCCCUCUGCGACUGGUCGGCGUUGCAGAAGACGCGACGCAGCAUCGCGAAAAGCUACUGCUCCCCCAGAUUCACUUCGCUCCAGUACGACAGGGUGAACGAGGUCGGAGCCGACGAGCUGGAGGUGUUCCUGGCCAAGCUGCAGAAACUACCCCAGAACACGCCGAUCGACAUCAAGCCGUUGAUUUUGGGCACCUGCGCCAACAUGUUCACGCAGUACAUGUGCUCGACCAGGUUCGCCUACGACGAUCCCGAGUUCAGGAAGAUUGUCAGGUAUUUCGACGAAAUAUUCUGGGAAAUUAACCAGGGGUACGCUGUGGACUUCCUGCCUUGGUUGCUGCCCAUCUACCAGGGGCACAUGAAGAAGCUGUCGCACUGGGCCGCCGAGAUCCGUCAGUUCAUCCUUAGUAGGAUCAUAGACAAGCACAGGGCCACGCUGGACAUAAACUCUCCACCCAAAGACUUCACGGACGCGUUGCUGAUACACUUGGAGGAAGAUCCCAACAUGAACUGGCAGCACAUCAUAUUCGAACUGGAGGAUUUCAUCGGCGGACACUCGGCCAUAGGAAAUUUAGUCAUGAUAACCCUAGCAUCCGUAGUAAAAUACCCCGAGGUUGCCGAGCACAUCCAGAAGGAAGUGGACGCCGUGACGAAGGGAAAGCGAAGCCCGAAUCUGUUCGACAAAGCUAACAUGCCCUACACAGAAGCCACGCUCUGGGAGGCACUGAGGAAAGCGUCUUCGCCGAUAGUGCCCCACGUCGCCACCACGGACACCGAAAUCGACGGGUACAAGAUCGAGAAGGGCACCAUGGUAUUCUUGAACAACUACGAGCUGAACGUGGGGGAGGACUAUUGGAACAACCCGGAAAAAUUCAUGCCAGAAAGAUUCCUGACGCAUUCCGGGCGAGUCACGAAACCGGGUCACUUCAUCCCCUUCAGCACGGGAAAGAGGACUUGCAUCGGCCAGAGGCUCGUCCAAUGCUUCAGUUUUAUUAUCCUGGCGACCAUCCUGCAACACUACGACGUAAGUGCUGGGAGUGAGAUGGAAAUGAAGCCGGGGUGUGUCGCCGUGCCGCCCGAUUGCUUCAAACUCGUGUUAACGCCUCGGAAAACACCACCGACAUCGGGUUAGUUAGAGAGAUCUCUUAGUUACGCUUCCGUCCUCGCAAAAUAGUCUCCGUUCUGUCUGGUAGUGGACACUGGUAGGUCCACUGUGUACUUGCCGAACGCGGAAACGCGACCAGCCGGCUGUCAGGCCUAACAUCACCAUUUCCCACUUACUUUGUUAUCAUUACUAUCAUGCAUUGUAUAUAUUUCAUGUGAAUUUAAUGUAAAAAUAUUUUAGUAAUUAAUUUAUCUUUAAUAUAGUCUCCCCAGUGUUAAGUCUAUUAUAAUGAGACUGAUUAAACUGUUUAUUUUUUAUUUA